GAGGAAUCAAGCAGUGUCCAUUGCGUGUCGUGGAACUUUGAGCUUGAAGACGGAAUUGGUGAUUGGACAACGGCUGGAUGCGAGCUUGUUGAAGCGACCAAUGACAGAGUCAAGUGUAACUGCACCCACGCCACCAACUUUGCCAUCCUUGUGGACGUGAAGGGCCAAGCACCAGAUGAUGGAGAUCGGAGUCCUAAGAAAGCGCUUGAUAUCAUCAGUCAGGUCGGCUGUGUUUUGUCCAUCAUAGCUCUGACUAUAACGAUGGUCAUUUACCUCACUAUCAGGAAACUGCGAAAAAGGAAAUCCCGACAGAUUUUCAUCCAUUUCUGCUUCUCCUUGCUGAUGUUGUAUGUCAUUUUCUUGACUGGUGUUGACAAUGCUAAGGGAUCUGGAGGUGGUUGUGUGUUUGUUGGUGCUUUACUCCACUACUUGACCCUGACCACUAUGAUGUGGAUGGCUGUUGAAGCUAGGAACAUGUACGUCAGCACAGUGAAGGUCUUUCCAGAAGACACUCGUCGAUACAUGCUAAAGGCGAGCCUCGUUGCUUGGGGAUCACCGCUGAUAGUAUUGACAAUCACGUUAGCAGCAGCGACACAUCACUAUAUCAACGACCAUUACUGUUUCCUGCGACCUGAUCUUGUGUUGUACAUCGGUCUCCUUACCCCCAUCGGUCUCAUCCUCAUCCAUAACAUCGUCACUUUCGUCUUGGUCAUGCGUAGUCUCCUGAAGGUCAAAGAGAUAUCACGCUCCCAGCAGAUCUCCAAACGCCUCCAGAAUGCUGUGGGUAUCUCUGUCCUCUUGGGUUUGACGUGGUGUUUUGGGUUCCUGGUCAUCAACGAGGCGGCAUUCGCCUUCCAGCUCAUCUUCUGUCUGGCCAACUCCUUCCAGGGCGUGGUCGUGUUCAUCUUGUUCUGUGUUUGUCGUGAAGAGGUUCGCACGGCCCUGUCUCCGUACAUGCAACGCAUCUGCUGUGGUAGGGAAUACCAUCUACCCAUAAUGCACCCCGACAAGCCAACCGAUGCUGAAAUGGUUCCACUACGGCGCAUACCCAACAGUCAUCCGGGCCAACUGCCGAUUUGGAUAUGUCCAUUACAACACCACAGUAACAGCCAUGAAGCAAAUCAUACUUAGGACACGAAAGAAUUGGCAUCUUUUAAUCCCUUAUAAAGUCCAAAAUUCUGCAAAAUAAACUUCUUUGAAAAACGCUAAAAUUUCGUUUUGAAGGCUUCGCGUCAUUCAUUCUACGGCAGACAAACAGCUUGAUUUCUGAAAUGUUUGAAGAGCAUUUGUUAAAAGAAGGAACGAAAAAGAAAAAAAUCUUGUUUGCACGUUUCAAAGUGGGUUAUUAUUAAAUAUUUAGUA